AUGCUUUUGACUUCCAAGUUUGCUCUGUUAGCGUGCUCUGUCCUUGCUGCUUCAGUUGAUCAAGCCUUCGCACGUGAAAGGUGGCUCGAGAGGGAUGGACGUGCUGUCUACUUGUAUCCACGGAGAUUUGGUCAAGAACAGCCUGCUGUCCUUGAAAAAAUCAGAACCGCAUGCCCUGGAGAAGUUUGCGGUGUAUUAGCUGGCCAAGCAGUGACUCCUUUGCUCGCCGCUCAGCCUGAGUGUUCCCAACAGGAUCACGCAGAUGCAAUCAUCGAUGCCAGUAAGCAAUUCGAUGCCGCCACUCAAGAACUCAUGAUUGCCGCUGCCGUUGAAUACCGUCAAGUCGAGAAGAAUACUCCUCCGGAUUUCACGACAAAUCCACCCACCAACCGAAACUCUGUUUUCUGUCAGAAGGCCCCCAAGAACCCUCAGCUCAACGGUCUUGUUCAAGCUCAGGAUCCUGCGAACGACCCCAACAUAUUCUUCGACCCUGCAAAGAAGGCGUCGGUCCGUAAAGGCACUCAAGCCAAUACUUCGCCUUUCAACGGUGCUGUUGCUCAGCCUUCUCCCGAAACUCCUGUAGAGACACCCCAGGAGACGGAACCAAUCUUGAUUGAGACACCGAGUGCGACUGAUUGCGCUGCCUCCACUGUCACCGUCACCGUCACUGCUGCUGCUACUGCUACUGCAUCAGAUCCUGCUGUCACCGUCAUUGUGGGGGAUGAUGCUGCCACGGCUGCUCCUCCCGCAGCUACUACCCCUGCCACUGCUCCUGCUGGCGCCGACUUUGGUAGCUGUACUGUUCCGGAAAUUGAAUUCGCUGCUGGCUUUGACAACCGAAAGGAGACCAGCUUCCAGCCCACUGACAAGCAAUCUUUCAACCAUGGUUCCGCUCAAAAUAUUGCGAUUAUCACUCGAUUCAUCUGCGAUACUUUGACGAACAGCUGCAAGGCUAACCAGGCUGCUAAAGACCUCUGUGCUCAGGCUCAAACAGCUGCCCUUGCCGCUGCAUCUCAGACAGGCGCGCAGGCUGAUGCCUUCAAUGCCGCGUUUGGGAUCACAACCACAUUUAGCACAGUUGCUGUCAUUGACAACCAAGGAAGAGUAGUUUCUGCUGGAGCUGCCCCUGUUGCCCCUGUUGCAUCUGUCGUAUCUCAGACCCCACCUGCUAGCACCCCUGCUGUCUCCUCCGGCAUUGGUAGCUUUGGUAAAUGUUCUGUCCCUGAGAUCGAAUUUGCUGCGGGUUUCGACAACAGAAAAGAAACCAGCUUCCAACCUGUUGACAAAGCUUCGUUCAACCAUGGAUCUGCUCAGAACAUCGACAUCAUCACCCAGUUCAUCUGUGAUACUUUGACCAACUCUUGUGCCGCAGACGCAACUGCCAAGGCAACCUGCAAGACUGCCCAAAGCGCUGCAUCCGCCGCCACCAAGGGAAGCGGUGCACAGGCAGACGCUUUCAAUCAAGUCUUCGGAAUCACCACCAACUUUGCCUCUGUUCAGCAAAUUGAUAACCAAGGUAGAGUUGUUGGAGCUGUUCAGGCUCCUGCCGCUCCUGCCACCACCACCGCUGCUGCCCCUACUACCGCUGCUGCUCCGGUGGCGACUGCCACACAAGCUUCCAACGUUUCGGGCAAUCUUCAAACCUUCCAGGGUGCUCUUGGAAACGUCGUAGCUCCUGUCGUGACAGCGGCUGGUAACGGACAGUUCCAAGUGGCAGGUAACGCUUCCUUCAACAACGUCAGGAAUGCCGUUGUGCGCUCUUGUGAUGUUCAAAAUAACCAGUGCGCAAAUGCUGCCAACGCUUCGGGAAACAAGAAUGGUUUCACUGUAUCUGCUUGCAACGCUCAGCAAGCUCAGUGCAUCGCUGCUGCUGGCAACUAA